CACAACAAAGACAAGUUGUGACUCGCUCGAAGUUCGAUUUUUACUUUUAGUCUUUGUCUCAGGUUGCGAUGUAAAACAUCUGAGACAUCUUUCUGCAUGCAUAUUUCCGCAUCUCUGACACAUUGCUGGUUCUAACAAGAAAUUUCAAGAUUUUUGGAGAGCAAAACCCGAAGAAGAAAUGGGAUCUUGGGAACGAGGAAGUUCACCCGUGGAUUGGUGCGAGGCAAAUUACAUUUUCACUCCCGAAAUUGCCGAAUUCGUGAAUACCAUUUCCAAUGUGUUGUUCUUCGUUGGACCUCCGUUAUUGAUAUUUCUCUUCAAGGAUUAUGGGAAACUAAUUACGCCAGCGAUCCACAUCGUUUGGAUUCUCCUGAUCUUUGUUGGCUUCUCCUCAGCGUACUUCCAUGCUACUCUCAGUCUCUUGGGACAACUCCUCGACGAGUUGAGCAUCUUAUGGGUCUUCAUGGUGGCUUUUAGCAGUCUUUGUCCGAAGAGACAUUUUCCGAAAAUCUUCAAGAACGACAGACGUCGCUUCGUGAUUUCCCUCUUUAUCUUCUCCGGCAUCGCCAGUGUUCUUUCCAUCUAUAAUCCUGCCAUCAAUGCAUUUGCGCUCAUGUUCUUGGCUCUUCCGGCUUUCUAUCUAAUUUAUCAUCAGAUGCGAUUGGAAAAGGAUGCCCGCGUUUAUCGUCUUGGGGUGCGAUGUGCCGUCGUUUUGGGUCUCGCCAUCUUUUGCUGGAUCAACGAUCGCGUUUUUUGUGACGUUUGGUCCGAGAUGAAGUUCCCGUAUUUGCAUGGAUUGUGGCACAUUUUGAUCUUCAUUGCGGCUUAUACGAUCUGCGUGCUUUUCGCUUACUUUUUCGUGAGCGAAGAAAAGCCGGAAUGGGGACCACGCUUAAAAUAUUGGCCACGUAACGACUUUGAGUUGUGCGUACCUUACGUCAGCAUCGAUUGUGGCAAAAUUUAAAAAUUUUUUUGACCGUACUACGCUUUAAUUUUUAAUUAGGAUUUAUCAGUAGAAUUAUCUUUAGAGUUACCUUUGUUAGAGAUAAAAAAAAAGUUUAAAUGUUACAAAGUAUACACUGCGUUCUAAAUAUGAGAAAAAAUUACAAGGAAAAAUAAUUUUUUAGAGAUUUCUCGAAAAUUUUAAGUUUUAUUUGA